AAAGAAGUAUAAAUGUGUUAUAGAUAAUUUUAAAAGGAGAGUAUUAAAAAUGCUUUGAAACAGUUUCACAAAAUUUGACAGCUUAUUCUCUGUACCUGGAAUAUCUCUUAAAGUGAAUUAAAACGUGGAUUUAUAAAAGUUAUAAGGACACAUUUGUUUCAGAUUGGACAACAUGAAGAAACUCCUGUGUGUGAUAGAAGCUUUAGUGCUUGUGUCCAUCAUUCCUGAAACUUCUUGUUAUGGAGGAGAGGAGAGCGUUUAUCAACAAAUUGAGAAAGCGCUUUGGCAGUUACAGAUGAAGGGGGAUAUACACAGAGCAUUAGGGAAAACAGAAGUCUGGAAUUCAAACAUACCAAGAAAUGCCCCCCUUAACCCUCCCCGCCACGUGAUACAGUUAGCUGACACACGUGUGAUGGGACCUACCACGAUCAAACCAACUACAAAUAAGAUCAAGCGGGCAGCUUUCGCUCGCAGAGCCAUUGCACGCCAAGUCACUAGCCACCACACACCACCCAUUUCUCAACCGCAAAAUCAGGACAAAAUUUCUCCCGACAGAAUCUAUUCUAACAAGAUGAACAGAAACACAGCAAGAGGAUAUGGUAGUUCACUGACAAAACUUAUAGCGAAAAAGAUUAAAUUCAGCCCUCCUCCUGAACCUAAACUUUCUUCUGAACAAAACAUCGAUAGAAUUUUGGGACAAAUAUCCCAAAAUAGAAACAGCAAUAUACCAAAGAAUUUCAUUCCAUUUCCUUCACCACCUAACAUUAAUAUCCCCAAAAUUAUAAGCACGCCACAACCAGUGGUUAAAAACAGUUUCAAACCAUCACAAUCAGCUUUUGCCAGGAAAGGAAAUAGAAUUCCUGUCAUUGUGAUCCAGCAAACCAAAAAAUCGGAUCUACCAUCCCCAACUUUUUCUAUCGUCGCUCCAAGUUUGGGACGAUCACCUUCAUCCUUCCGAUUCAGCAACAAAGAAGUUUCUAACAAUCAAUUGAAUGACAAAAACGUCUUUGAAGACACACCCGGCUUUGGAAAUGAAUUCAAGGAUUUCGAAAUCAAUGAUGUUCCUCAGAUUAUUGUUGAAAAGACACCAACAACGUCAAGCUCUAUUAUUGUCAAAGAGCAAGACAUUGCUCAAAAGAGUAGUCAGAAAUCUUUGGUGAAUACAAAAUCAGCUAUCAGGCCUCCCCCACCUGUUAAUAUUCCAAACAAAUUUAUAACACAAACAGUAUCAACAGGACAGCCAACAAUUUCAACAGAAGGACCAAGUAAAACACAAAGCAUUGGUGCAAACCAAGACCAAAGCCAUUCACUGAGCAAAGUUAAACAAGCUUCAAUUGCAAAGGACAUUGAAAUUUCUAUGGAUACGCCAGUCUCCAGAUCAGAUAUUGCAAUAAAAGAUACUCCCCUGAAAAGUCUACAAUCUAGACCUAACGUUCAGGCAGCAGGGAUUAUAAAACAAGAAAUAGAAAAGCCACAAAUCCAAGUCGUACAAGUCCAACAGUUAAGACCUAUUUCAGUCUCUCAAGCUGUGAACACAAAGCCAAAACCAGUGGACAUAACAAAAUCCGAUAAAGCAAAGGAUGAAGAAUUCCCAGUAGAUCCAUCUACUUCUCGAUUCACAGACCAAACAACAAAAACAACAACGACAACAACAACAACAGUAAAACCAGUCAAAGUGAGCAUCUCCAGUGGUCCAUCUCAAGGACUUCGACAAGGGAGUAGAGGUAUAUCCAGAGGAUCUUUCAGGGGCAUUCGUCCUAACGGUAGAGGCGUGCGGCCGAUCGGUAGAGAAGUCCCAGUGUCGAGGGGAUCUACACGAGGCAGACAACCCACCGGACCAGGGAGAUCAGUUCCAGUCAGAUCGAUAAAUAUCCCCACAACGCCGUCAUCUGUGUCGGAAAAUAAAAUACACAUACUUGAGACCCCGGCUGAAAUUAUUCCAGUAGACGUAACAGAUUCUCCAAGUGAACUAACAACAGGUCUCAUAACAAAUCCAACGACGACAACAGCGAAACCUAUUACAGAAAUUAAGUCAAAAGAUUCUUCACAGGAACCGCAAGAAGGGAUGACAAGAGAUUUUUCCCGAGGAAGUUUUAGGGGUAUUCGUAAAAACAGUCGAGGAGUUCGACCGAAUGGAAGUAAAGGUCCUGUUUUGAGAGGGUCUUCCAGAGGUAUUCGUCGCAAUAUUAUUGGGGUUUCGAGGAAUUCUAUCAAUAUUCCAAAACAAUUAUCACUACCAACGUUAGCAAAGACUGAGAUAAAUUCUAAAUCAGUAACUACUCAAACAUCGACGACACCAUCAACAACUGAAUCAACCACGCGACAACCUCCAGUCAUGGAAACAGCACAGUUUGCAAGGAGACGUAGACCAGGACGUGUGGUAGUUAGCCGAGGUAAUCCGAUAGAGAGCAACAGAAACGAAAACACUCAACAUGUUGUCGUUAAUGAAAGAGUCCAAACAGACACAAGUGCUAAUGAACCCAGUUCAACAACUACCACCACUUCCACCACCGCCUCAACAGAGCAACCACCGAUAACCACCACCAGAAGUACUGCUGCCACCACCAAUAGAUCAAGGACACGUAGACCAGGAAUGAUGUCUCCGGAAGAAAAGAGACAAGCUUUAAGAAAUUUCCAAGGAUAAAGGAUAAAACCCCAAUCUCUUAAAGUGGAUACAGAAAUCCAGCUUUGACACAAAGCCAUGCUGUGCAAUAUGUACUUCACCAGGAAAAUACACCAGAGCGAGGCCAGAAUGUUCGCCAUGAUGACUGUUUCGUAUCAAUCAACAGUAGAUUGUCUCACCAAUAUUUUCAACUUAUUUACCGCACAU